AUGCUUCACUCACUUCCCUCUCCCUUGCCUUCCCUCUCUUUUCAGAUUAAAGAAAAUCCAGAUGGGGUGCAGGUGCUGCAAAAUGAUACAAAGCUAUAUUUUUGAUCCAGAAGAAGUACAGUCGCCUGGAUGCAUUCAUGAAGUAAGCAGCUACAAACAGAAUGAGCAAGGCAGCAAUAAAUCCAAAUUCAAGAACAGUGAAACUGAUGAACACAAAAAUGAACUCCAGAAGGAUGAGCUAAACAGAACAGAAAACAAAACCCAGGUAAAUAGCACAAAAGAAACUCUCUGGAACCAGAGAGGCAAUGAUUUUCAAGAGGAUGGCCUUGUGAAGUGUGUUGCAAAGCUCGAUGUUGCAGUCAAUGGUGGCAAUUCCCACACUGGAGUGCACCCCACGCUCAAUCCCAGCGCAAACCCAGUGAAAGAAGCCAGCGAACAAGGACCCUCCAGCCAGUCAGCAGAGUCUCCUUCAGCCACCCAUAGACACUUUUACACCAAACUAAAUAGGUCUGGCCAAGAACUUGACCUAGAGGCAGGCAGGCAGAGGCAGGCAGCCUGCAAUGAGCCAAAAAGUAUUCAAGAUGGGAAUGCCCAGUCUGCAGACGAUAGCAUCUUUCUUGAAGGAAGUGCAAUAUUGGAGACACAAAACAAUGCCAUACAACUGCCAGAUAUUGAUUACCCCCAAAAUGGCAAUCAAACCAAGAACUAUAUUGAAAAAGAUUGUGCACAGUUGACUGAAAAGCUUUCAGAGCAAAACAGUGGGCCUUCAGCAAUACAGGACCAGGAACUUUGUGUAACUCCACCUUCACUUAUGAAGGACAGCAGUAUUGAACCUUUUAAAACUGACUCCGCCAGUUUGAGUGAGGGCAUUUUAACAGCACAGGCAUGCACACACACCAACCAAAGAGACAUCAAUGGAGAAAUUGAGGAGGAAGAUGCAGAAGUAGCAGCAGCUCUGGCUGCACUGGAAGCUGCAACUGCAGGGGAAGACCUGGAAGACGACGACGAGUACUAG